AUGAAGGUCAAGGCUGAUCGGGACGAAUCGUCUCCCUACGCUGCCAUGCUGGCUGCCCAAGAUGCCGCCGCCCGAUGCAGAGAGCAUGGCAUUAACGCACUUCACAUAAAGAUACGCGGUACUGGUGUGUACGUGGUAGGCACUGGAAGCAAGUCGCCGGGCCCCGGCGGCCAGGCCGCCCUUCGUGCCCUGGCUCGCGCUGGCAUCAAGAUUGGACGCAUAGAGGAUGUGACGCCGAUCCCAUCUGACUCUACCCGCAGGAAGGGCGGUCGUCGGGGCCGCCGGCGCUAG